UUCCUUCUUCUACACCCAAUCCUUUUCAAAAUUAAUCUGUUCUUCUUUCUACACUACCCCAUACAUUUCUUACCAUUCCAACUCCUCUGAGAACAUCAAAAAAUAAACUGAUCAUGGCUUCACCAAGGAAAUACCUUAAUGUGCUUAGAGUUGCAGUGUUAGUUCUCAUCUUUUCUCUCACAUUUCCACCUUCUAAACCAGUUGGUUUGAGCUUUUCAGGUUAUGAUGAGAAGGUGAAGCAGAGGAAACAAGUUUUGGGUUCAAGACCUCCUCAAUGUGUAGGCAAGUGCUUAAAUUGUAAGCCUUGCAUGGCAACUCUGGUUAUACCUCCUCACCAAAGGAUGAGUGAGAAAAUUUCAUCCCAUGAAGAAGAUGGUGGCUACUAUCUUCUGUCUUGGAAGUGCAGAUGCGGUGAUAAGUUUUUUCAGCCUUGAAUCUUCUUAUGUCUGUAACCAGUCAAGUCUUUGAUUAUAGAGGCCUCAAUGGUAAUUAAUUACUGUAGCACAAACCAAA